GUGACAUUGACAGAUAUUACACAGAAUAUUUUAUCUUAAAAAUUGUCAAAAAAACUUGAUUUUGUGGUGGUGUGUCUUCUUUUGCUGAGGAUUUCAUUAAAUUCAUCAAAAUGAACGUUCGCCCGAUUGUUUCCAGGCUGUUGUCGCAGACAGUGCGCCGCUACCACGGUGGCGAGCACUUCAAGCCCCCCACCAUGGACGAGCUGCCGGUGCCCCGCGGCUCCUGGCAGGCGCAGUACGACGCCAACCAGAAGGGCUACAACGCGGCACUCAUCUUCGGAGUCGCUUUCACUGUUGGCACCCUCGUCAUUGCAAAGACCUCUGGCCUGGUGUACCUGAACUACUCUCCCCCCAAGAGCCUGGACUAGGCACCACUACAUUAUGUAUUGCAUACCAUUUAGUUUAUUCAAAUCAAUAUAGCUACUAAUUUAAA